CCAGUUUUCGACUUCUCGGCAUCAUCUCUACGCUUCUGUGAGUAUUUGCCUUCCACCUGCGAACGACCAUCCGCUCUCUGCUCCGGCCUCUCCUCUCCCCCUGUCCUUCUCAGGCCCACCUGCCUUGCAACUACUGGACAAUCAGAACCUCCAGACUGUGCAUUUGUGCUACCUGGAUCUGCAAGACCAAUUGGCCUCUCUGGUGCCCUCGCCUCCCCGACCCUCUUCAGCGGCUGAUCGCAGCAGCCCUAAGUUCAGUGCUCAUUUCAUUCCCCUGCUCCGCCGAUUCUCCCUGUCUCUGCCCCUUCACCGGCGUCAUCGGCGUCGAGGUGUCUGUCCUCAGGACCAGCCGCCGCAGCCGCAGUCGCACGACGAAUUAGACCACCAGUUUUCGCCAAGUUUACCUGAUUUCCUGCUGACCAAUCACUAUGGGGCUCUGAUCGCCACAUUUCCCUUUACCUUUCGCAGUUGA